UGUAUACCCCCAUUAGUUUCGUAACGCGUUUUACACGCAUUUUACGUAACGAAAGUUCUAGUUUCCAGUUAUGAAUACAAACUUAUUUUCCAAAUCUUCCUAACGGCGUUAAUCCGUGGUAAGCUGUUUGACGUGCAAAGCUGUAUGCUAAUUCUGUCGAACGGCAGAUGUACUAGCCGUGGACGGCCGCUAGUAGACCGCGAAUGCCUCGUUCAGUGUUGACUGUCGACACCGUGAAACGAUGAAGUUCAGCAUCGAAUCUACCACCUCUUACAACAGCAUACCUCCGGCGUACCAUUACACGGAGCAGUUUGCCAAUAACGCCGAAACGUACGAGGAGGGUACGAAAUGGUACGGAGUAUUCUUGGCAUUUUUGUCGGGCACAUUUUUCACGAUAAGCUCCGCGUUAGUGAAAGCUGUGCAGAACGUGCAUCCGAUGGUGUUGCUGGCUAUCAGAUCCAUUCUACAAAUGUUAGUUAUGGCCGUUGUAGCGCUUAAAGGUUCGAAGAGUCUCUGUGGACCCAAAGGACAAAGGAUGCUUCUGCAUCUGCAAGGCUUGGUGGGCGGCGCGACCCUCUCGUUACUGUACUACAGUUUUCGUAAGUUACCCAUAGGAGAUGCUACAACGAUUAUCUUCAGUUCUCCGGUGAUCGUCAUCGCGUUGUCGUUCGUUCUGUUGAAAGAACCCUGCGGCGUACUGCGCGUGGUGGUAAUGUGCGCGCUUUUCGCCGGCGUCGUUUUCGUCUCGAAGCCACCGUUCUUGUUCCAGACGCAUCGAGCCGAACCGUACGACGUGAUGGGAUACGUCUGCGCCAUCCUGGCGACGGUCUUCACCGCUCUCAACAUAGUUAUCAUGAGGAAGUGCUCGGAGAUCCAUUAUUCGACUAUCAUUUUCAACUUGUCCUGGUGGGCACUGGCCACCGCGGUAGCCUUCUACUUCCUCGUGUCGGACAAUCACGAGCAGUACUCGAAGUUACCGCACGACUGGAUCACCUGGAGUAAAAUAUUGUUAGUAGCGUUCACCGGAUUGACUGGACAAGUUUUAGUGACCAACGCGUUAAAGAUAGAGGGUGCCGGGAAAGUGUCGGUGACCAGAUCCUUGGACAUCAUACUGGCGUACAUCGUGCAGGUAUACUUGUUCGGCGAUCAACCUACGUCGACGAGUAUCGUCGGUGCCCUCUUGAUCAUAGUCUCUGUUCUGUGCAUGGGAUUUGAAAAAGAAGUAUAUAGUAUUUGUGAUUUUAUUCCCUAG